UUUGUUUAAAUUGCCAACACCAAAAAAUAAAACUAAACCACAAAAACAGCAACGACAACAAUAGAGGAGCUGCAGCCGUUUCCAAUCAUUUAGCGGACGGCAACAAGUGCUGCGAGUCGCCUGCAUUGGGCAGGCAAUCUUAGCGCGCAGCUGGCGGCUGUGUUGGCUUUUCCCGCUUGCCAUGGUAAGCCGCAAUGCGAAAAUUGUGAAAACGGAAAAUGGCACGAACGCAUCUAUUAUUGCAACAGACGGCAGCAAUGCAGCGCAACCUUUGAAGACAACGACAGCAACGACGCCGCUGACGAUGAUGGCAACAACAUUGUCGGCAUCGCAGGCCGACUUGGGCGACCAGGAGAACGGGACGACGGCUGAGGACAUCCACCUGAACGAUUUAUAUACACGCUACCGGCAGAGGCUGCGCAAGUCGCUCUUCAGAUCGGGCCUGUUCACGUCGCUGGUAGCAUGUGUUGUGUCCAUAGCGAUUGGCGUCUAUUACGAGCAGCACCUGCUGCAGACACUGCUGCUGGCAUUGGCAGCCGUAAUCUCCGGCUCAAUACUGACGGCUCUGCAGUUUCCGGCGGUGCUUAGCUCCCCAGCGGCCGCAUUGGCCUUUGCCAUUGUCACCACCUUCUCGCUGGGCACCAUUGCGGCCAUCACGGGCGGCGAGCUGGCCCCACUGCCCAUGUACGCCCUGUUUCUGGGCAUCCACACGAUGCUGCCCAUUUCCUGGCCGGUCUCUGUGGUGUUAGCCUUAUUUAUGACAGCCAUACACAUCGUUUAUAGAAUCGGCACCAGCCCGGACUACGCGUGCAAUUUGCCCAUGCUCUUUGGCGAGAUUGUUAUGCUGGCUAGCGCAUCCGUUUCCGGUCUUUAUUAUCGCAUCAUGUCGGAUGCCGCCCACAAUCGCACCGUGGAUGGAACACGCACUGGCAUCGAGCAACGCGUCAAGCUCGAGUGCGAGCGCGAGCAGCAGGAGCAGCUGCUUCUGAGCGUGAUACCCGCCUACAUCGCCGCCGAGGUCAAGCGGAGCAUCAUGCUGAAGAUGGCGGAUGCUUGCCAGCGUGCUGGAGGCCAGGCGUCAACAUCAGCCACACGUUUCCACGAGCUCCACGUGCAGCGGCACACAAAUGUCACCAUACUUUUUGCAGACAUUGUGAACUUUACGCCGCUCUCAUCCUCCCUGACGGCCAGUGAUUUGGUCAAGACCUUAAACGAUCUCUUCGGACGCUUCGAUCAAAUAGCUCAGGAGAAUCAAUGCCUGCGCAUUAAAAUUCUGGGCGAUUGCUAUUAUUGCGUGUCCGGGCUGCCCAUCUCACGGCCGCAGCAUGCUACAAAUUGUGUCAACAUGGGCCUGCAAAUGAUCGAUGCCAUCAGACACGUGCGUGAGGCGACCGGCAUAAAUGUUGACAUGCGAAUUGGCAUACACACGGGCAACGUGCUCUGCGGCGUCCUUGGCCUCCGCAAGUGGCAAUUUGAUGUUUGGAGCGAUGAUGUUACCCUGGCCAACCACAUGGAGAGCGGCGGCGUUGCGGGUCGCGUGCACAUCACAAAGCAAACUUUGGACUUUCUGGGCGACAAGUUUGAGGUGGAGCAGGGCGAGGGUGGCAGCCGAGACGCAUAUCUAGCGGAUCAUAAAAUUGAAACGUAUCUCAUUGUGCCGCCCAAGCCUGCCUAUAUGCACAGUGUGCCGCGGGUGGUGGAGUGCAUUGAGCACACGGAGCCAGCUGAGGAGCAUGCCGUCAAAGAAGACAUCGAUGUCACUGAGAAGCUUCUGCCUGCUGAAACACGAUCUCCAGUUAGUGCAGCUGCUUCUGCUGCUGCUGUGGCCGACGGACAGCCUGACAGGCUCUCACCCAUAUCUACGAACAGCCAAGAUGGGGUACUGCAUGCGCCGCUCACCUCGGCUGCAUCCAUGUCCAUCAAGGAGCUGUCCGAAGAGGAAGACGAUGCUAAUGCCACGGAGCCGCUGGUUGGCAAGUGCAGCGAGCCAGAAAUCAACAAUGAGGGAACGCCAAAUGUGGCCCAUCGCGGCAGCGGCGACUCCGCUGCCUCCGAGUCCGCACCCAAGUCGGCCGCCUUGUCCUUGCCCGCCGAGGAUCUGCUCAGCAUGAGUGGCAGCGAGAGUGGCAUCUCCAACAGUGGCACCCAGCCAGCAACAGCGGCCAAUGCGGCCAAUCUUACGCCCACAUCAACAGCAGCAGGAGCCACAGCAACAGCAACAGCAGCAGCAGCUGCAGCAGGAGGCGCCAAUAGUUUGACUGUGGCCGAGGCACCCGAGCGCUCCCGACGCAAACUCUCUGUACAGGGACUGAUGUCCUUCGCCGACAGACGUCGCUCCUCUGGCGCCUUUAUCGAGGGUCGCAAAUUAUCCAUACACAGCGGCGAAAGUUUUCGCAGUCAUGCAGGCCAUGUCACACGCAAUCGUCCCUCUUCAAAGAUGACCAAAUAUGUGGAAUGCUGGGGCGCCGAUCGACCCUUUGCCAACAUUGCCGAAUCCAAGCUGGUGAAAAACAUUGGACUGGCGAGCAUUGCCAUGAUUGAAUCAAAUUUGCUGCCGCCCGAGCGUAAAUGUUUCAAUUUUAACUUCUUGGGGCCCCCCACCGAGCUGAAGCCAUUCAGCAUGUGGUACCGGAAUACGCCUCGGGAGGCCAUGUACCGAGAGCAGCCGGAUACACACUUCCGCUUCGAUCUGAUAUGCGCCUUCGUGCUCUUCCUCUCGCUGGCCGUGGUGCAGCUGAUUGUUAUUGAACUGAACCUGGCGAUGCUGGGCUCGUUGCUGGCCAGCUUCAUAUCCCUAGCAUUGUUUCUCUAUUUGAGCAAUAUGUCCGUGCCGGAUGUGCAUGCCUCGAGCACGGAGCGUAAUGGUCCCGGCCAGGUGGUGGCCAGCAGUCGCUUUCUGCGCAUGGCCAUGUUCAUCAUUGUCAACAUACUCAUCUCGUCCUGUGCCGUAUUCAGUGUGAUCAACUACUCGCUGCCGGACGAUAUGUCCUAUGGGGAGAGUAAUGCCACCAGUACCAACAGCAGCGAUACAUUCAACAACAGCACGCUGCCGGACGAGAUGCUACCCCUGGAUAUUGCCAAUGCCAUACCGAAAGCUCCCAUAUUCCUUUGCUGCUGCGCCGUCAGCUUGGCGGCCAUUUCGGCUUUCCUCAGAUCGGGAUUCAUACUCAAGCUGGUUGCCAUGAUAUUGGCCCUGAUCGGACAGACGAUUGUGCUGGGCUACAGCGAUCUGUUUGUGCAUUACAAUGUGGUCAACUAUAACAAUGGCCUCCCUCUGGAAGUCAAAGGCUUCCUGCUGCUGUUGCUGGUGAUUGCUGUGCUGCAUACCCUGGAUCGUCAGGGUGAAUAUGUGGCACGCACCGACUUUCUGUGGAAGGCCAAGCUGAAGGUGGAGCAGGAGGAGGUCGAGACAAUGCGAGGCAUCAAUAAGAUUCUGCUGGAGAACAUUCUGCCGGCUCACGUGGCCACCCACUUUCUGCAUCUGGAGCGCUCCACGGAGCUGUAUCACGAGAGCUACUCCUGCGUGGCCGUCAUGUUUGCCUCCAUACCCAACUACAAGGAGUUCUACGAUGAGACAGACGUCAAUAAGCAGGGCCUGGAGUGCUUGCGUCUGUUGAACGAGAUCAUUUGCGAUUUCGACAAGUUACUCUUAAAACCGAAAUUCAGUGGCAUCGAAAAGAUUAAAACCAUAGCCAGCACCUAUAUGUGUGCAUCUGGCCUGCGACCCGGCAAGGAGGAUGGCGCCACGUCGCGUAGCUUUGCGGAUGAGAAACGUACCGAGGAGCACAAUGUGGUCAUAUUGGUUGAAUUUGCGAUUGCUUUGAUGUCCAUAUUGGAUUCAAUUAAUCGCGAGUCGUUCCAGCGCUUCCGCUUACGCAUCGGCCUGAAUCACGGUCCGGUGAUUGCGGGCGUGAUUGGCGCCCAGAAGCCACAGUACGAUAUAUGGAGCAACACCGUUAAUGUGGCGUCCCGCAUGGACUCAUGCGGCGUCAUGGGCCGACUCCAGACAACGGAGAAUACAGCCAAGAUAUUAAUGGCCGCCGGAUAUGAGUGCGAAUGCCGGGGCCUCACCUACGUCAAGGGCAAAGGCAAUCUAGUCACAUACUUUGUAAAGACACCCUUCGAUGGGAAAUUGUAAUUGGAAGCGAUCCAAUAAAAAGCGCGCAAUUCGUUCUUGUUAAUAGUAAAUGCUAUUUGUGUAUAGAUACAUACAUACAUAUUUAUGUUAAGGCAUGUUGUUAUUUAUUUCUGUUGGAACUAUGUUAUUUAAGUGAUUUCAUGAAUUUUAAGCAUUUAAUUUGCGUUGCACAUUAAGAAUUAUAUGCAUUAAGUGUUCGUCUUAGUUAAUGUUUAAUUGUUAUUUAGCACAAAUUGCGUAGCUCACUUAAACAGCGAAUAAUUAUAUAGAAAAUAUUGCUUAAGGAAUACAACUAUACUCGUCUGAACAGAGAACUAACUAACUUUAAAUAACAAAUGCAAAUUAGCCCACCCCAAAGUAAAUAAUCAACACAUUAAUCACAUUAUUAUAGGACAUAGCCUAUUUAUUGAGUGGGUGCUCCAAUAGAUGCUUGAACUAAUUGCCAAUCUUUCUAUUAUUGUUAUUAUUAUCUAUUGGAGCACUCCAUUUAAUUUCUAAUCUUCGAAAGUUAAACAAACUAUGUGCCAUCAGAGCUCUAGCAAUGUUGGAGACCUCAAACGAUCUAUGUAACUGUAUAUUUUUUUACCAAAUAAUUUUUGAUAUUGUGCCACUCUUUCUGAAUAAAUAACAUCCAAACUGAGCGAGUCAAAGAGUCCCUAACUGAACAUAUCCCAUCAAAUAUGAGCUAUACCUCCGAUACACACUAUUCUGAUGAUUGUUUCUUAUCUAUG